AUGCUUCGACAGUGCGCGCGACGCGCGCGUGGGGUAUCGACGCGCGUCGAGGCCGCGCACGGAAGCGCGUACGAUGGACGCGGUGCGCCGGCGACGAAUGUGGGGGCGACUGCGGCGAACGCGGCGGUGGAUGGGUGGCGCGGGGCGCGGGCGCCGCCGGUGCGAGGCGCGCCGCCGUUACCGCCGGCGCAGGGACGCGUGACGACCGGGGGGGGGGGCAAGGACGGUGGAUACGGGGGGGGGAGACCGGUGAUGACGGGGGGGAUCGUUCCGGAGGAUAUCGACGCGGUGUAUCACCAGAUGCAACACUUGGGGCAGAAGUGGGCGGACGCGCACGCCGAGGCGGAGAUGCUGGAGGAGGCGAAGAAGUGCGUGCUGAGCACGAUCACGCUGCAUUACAUCGAGGAUGGGAACGCGAAGUCGGCGGCGGAGGUGCACGCGUACGCGUCGCAGGAGUAUCAGGAGCACAUAAAGAAGAUGGUGGAGGCGAGACGCCGCGCCAACGUGGCGAAGAUUGAGCUCGAGAGCAUUAAGACGCACCUGAACCUCACUCGAACCUACGAGGCGACGCGUCGCGAGGAAAUGAAGCUGAUUUAA